AUGGGCAAGAAAGACAAAAAAAGUAAAGAGGCCAAAAAGGCCAGGUCUCUUGAAAAGCAGCAAAAGGCUCAAGCUAAAUCUGAGAAUAAAGAGAAAAAAAUGGCCAAAAAAGUCGGUGAAGAUGACGAUGACAUGGGGAUUGAUGAAAUAUUAGCUAGUUAUGCAAAGCAGCAGGAGGAGUUCGAAGCAGUUACGAUUUCAACUUGUAACCGGCCAUCUAAAAGAACCAACGCUGCAAUGGUUGCUAAUCCUGUACAUGGAAAGAAAGAGCUUUUUAUUUUUGGGGGUGAAUCAACCACAUCUGCUGGUUUAGCGGUUUUUUAUAAUGAUCUGUUCCAAUACUCAAUUGAAUCAGAUCAAUGGCGUAAAAUAUCAUCGCCCAACACACCUCUACCUAGAAGUGGCCACUCUAUGUGUGUGCAUCCUAGUGGAAUAAUUUUGCUAUUUGGUGGUGAGUUCUCAUCACCAAAGCAGUCGACUUUUUACCACUAUGGUGACACCUGGAUUCUCGAUGCGCACUCUAAGGAAUGGACUAAAGUAGAAAAUAAAAAGGGCCCAACAGCCAGAUCUGGUCAUCGAAUGACCUAUUGGAAAAAUUAUAUUCUUCUACAUGGUGGUUUCAGAGAUCUAAGUGCGUCUACGACUUAUCUAUCAGACUUGUGGGCUUUCGACGUUACCUCGUAUAAAUGGCAUCAAAUUGAAUGGCCAACCAGUCAUAUGGCACCUGAUGCUCGCAGUGGUCAUAGCAUGGUUCCUACUGGAGAGGGUGCAAUUAUCUGGGGAGGCUAUUCCAAGGUCAAGGCUGGCAAGGGUUUACAAAAGGGCAAAGUGCACACAGAUUCUUGGCUUUUAAAGAUGAAAUCUGAUUUAAAAGGAGUGAGAUGGGAACGUAGGAAGAAAUCUGGCUUUGCUCCAAGUCCAAGAGUUGGCUGUUCAAUGGUACACCACAAGGGCCGAGGUGUUCUUUUUGGAGGUGUGUAUGAUACUGAUGAGACAGAAGAAUCUUUGGACAGUAUUUUUUACAACACUUUAUUUGCAUACCAAAUAGAGAUGAACAGAUGGUUUGCUCUUUCAUUAAGGGCGCCCAAAAAGAAGAAGGUCCAGGUAUCGAGUUCAAAGCCUGAAGAUCGACAUGCGGAGCUGGAAGCCACUUUAUCUCAGUUGCUUAGUGAUAAACUGAAACCUGAAGAGGAUGAAGAAGUAGACGCGCUCUCGAAAACACCCAGCUCGGAAAGCAGUAAACAAAAUAGUGAUGACGAAGAUGCUCAUCCAGCAAAAGAAUAUCCUGUUGUUGCAUCUAUGCCGCAUCCCAGAUUUAACUCUACCACGGCUGUUGUUGAUGACACGCUAUUUAUUUUUGGUGGAGUGUACGAACAUGGAGAAAGAGAGUAUAAUUUAGAUAGUAUGUACUCUCUGGACCUUGGCAAACUAGACGGUUUGAAAGUCUACUGGGAAGAUUUGCGAGAGUUAGAAGAAGGAGGCUCGGAUGAGGAAGAUGAUGACGAUGAAGAUGACGAAGAGGGUGAUGAAGAUGAGGAUGACGAAGAAGAUGGUCAUGGUGAUGACGAUGAUGAACAAGAGGAAGAGGAGGAAGAAGAGGAGGAAGAGCCUGAGCCUGAAGGCAUUCCUGAUCCUAGACCAUGGCUACCUCACCCCAAGCCAUUUGAAUCUCUGCGAGAUUUUUAUAUUCGUACAUCUGCUCAAUUUAUUGAUUGGGCUUUGACUAAUAACAAAGACGCUAGAGGUAAGGAUCUUAAAAAGGUUGCAUUUGAUUUAGCUGAAGAUAGAUGGUGGGAAAGAAGAGAGGAGGUGCGUGUUGCAGAAGACAAGUAUGAAGAAAUGGGAGGUGUUGGCGAAGUUAUCGAGAGAGAUGCAUCUAGUAGAACUGGCAAGGGUAGAAGGUAG